AUGAAGAAGGACUAUGAAAUGGCCAAGUUAUUGCCUUUGGAAGAACGAGCGCUGGUAGUGAAAUACGCUAAAAGAGGGGUUUGGUUGGUCAAUAUCUGGUUUCUAAUAGUUGUUCUUACUAGUCUUUUAUUUCUAGUCAAGUCUUUUGCGCUGAUGUUCUACUAUUACGCCAUGGGGGAAACACAAUUAAUUGAAUUUUACGAACUGACAUAUCCAGAUGCUAUAGAGAAAGUCAAAUUUCACGUUGUACCGUAUGUUCUGCUUUAUGCGCUGCAGUGCUACAUAGACGUUUACAAUGUGGUCAUGUAUUCGGGUGUGGUACCUUUGGCGCCAAUGUUCAUAUUGCACGCGUGUGGUCAGUUAGAGUUGUUGAAAAUAAAAGUGAAACAGCUCAUAUCCGAAGGAGGGAGUGACCAAGAGAAAAAUUACAAUUUGAAAAUUAUCGUCAAGCAAUUACAGGAUAUAUACAGGUUCGUUGAGGAUAUUCAGACGGGUUUCAAAUUGUUAUAUGAACUGACUUUAAAAGGAACUGCUGUUAUGCUACCGAUCUUAGCCUAUGAAAUACUGGAGACUUUUGAUAGGGGUGGUGUUGAUCUGGAGUUUAUAACGUUGUUUGGUGCCACGUUUAUACUGAGCUACUGCCCGUGUUACUAUGGUGACUUGCUGAUUGAAAAGGCGGAGAGUUUCCGGACAGCGGUGUACAUGAGCGGGUGGGAGGGCGUGUGGGACAAGCGCGCGCGCACCACCAUACUGGUGAUCAUGACGCGCACGUUCCGCACCGUCGCCAUCCGCACCAUGUUCCGGAACCUCUGCCUCGACGCACUCACUGAUGUUAUUACUUUUACUUUUCUAUAA